AUGUCAGACAAUAGACCCUCGACAUCGCCACCAGUCGAUCAAGAUCCAUCUGCAGCUACACCGACAAUAGGUGGUGGAGGGGGUCAAGGCGUAUUCCCCACCACGACUGGUACAGCGUCUUCUUCAGGUUCUUCAACACCUAUCAACUAUGACGAUACGACCUUGAGAUCACCUUCACCGAGGAAACCUUCAACUAUCAACUUCUUAGGAUUGGGUGUACCAUCUCAAACUUCCUCGGGCAGUGCAGGAUCAUCAGCAAGUCCUGCGCCAGCACCUACACCUUCUUUAACAGUUACAACAUACCCACAUUUGGCACAUUACAUUUUCGGCUUAUUACAAAAUGUCAAUAUAUCACCUACGAAACCCACCACUUCCUCAUCGACUGGUCAACACCCUUUGAGCGUUUCUUCAUCUGGUGAAUCAGAUGAGGAUGAUUCACCCUCACCACCGCUUACGACCUCCACACCAUCUGCCGAUGGUAUCAACCCUACAUUACAGACCCCCAAGAAGCAGACGAACUCAAGAUCGGAGACGGCCCGAGGGAUAUCAGGUGCAGAAAGGGAUAGUCUGGUGAAGAAGAUAGUCGAGUUACUAGAUAACGAGGAAGAAGAGAAGGUCAAGGAUGUAUUGAAGCCAUUCAUGGGCGAUCUGGCCAAAGAUGAGGUACUUAUGGAUCAAGUCUGCUUAGACUGCAUGCAUAGGAGGAAGGACGACGUCGAACAGGUUCCCUACGCACCUCAUUUCACUCCCUCUCGUGCCAGAGGGUCACCUAAUCCCGCCGUCGCGCAUCCCUUACGGCCGUUCACACCCACUAGAGUACCCUCUUUCCGUAAUCGAACUCCUCUGGGUCGACCUCACUCUCCCUCACCCGCCCUCGCUCAGCCUGCUCCUCCUACUGUACCGUCUAACCCAGCUGCACCAGCGUCAUCAUCAGGGCACAGCGCCUCUUCUGGCUCACCAGUCAUCUCACCUCGGAUGCUCAAUGCCAAAGCGGCUACUUUCAGUCCUACAGCUCGAGUCGCCUCCGCUGGAUCAAGUACAGGUGGCGCAGGUUCCGCUUCCACUCCAUUCUUACCUUCUGAUCCAUGGAAAGAUAUCGCUUCCGACAACCCACCCAGAUCGGCUUCGCCGUUUGGUGCGAUAGGUCCGACCAGUAUGUCAAGAACCAACUCAAGUAUAGCCAUCGCUGCACCGUUAUUUAGCGAUCGAUCUUCGCCGUUCCACUCACCUAUGGGUACACCUAACCGAACAACCAUCAAAAUGCCUGACGUAUUCAACUCGCCUUCAGGAGCCAAUACACCUACAUUCAGCCGAACUUCUUCUUAUAAAGGUGUUAUACCUGAUGAUGACGACGAUGAUGAAUUCUCUCCUUUCGGUAAAGGUUUACCUAAGCUACAUCAUCAAGAUCCCUCAUCGUAUCUGAACACCGAAGCCAAACCGUUCUUACCGUUUGGAUCGUCCUCAGGGUUGAACACGGCUUACUCGAAUGAUGGAUAUUCUGAAUCUUCCUUUGAUUCUUCGAUGGGACAACAGGGCGAAAUGACCGACGAAGAAUUCGCUGGAUCAGGUAUGACACCCUUAGAUGUACUUUGCUCAGUGUUCACCUCGGUACCAAGAUCAGAUUUGGAAGAUGCGUUACAUCGUUCAGGAUAUGAUUUCGAAUCUGCCAUGGGAUAUUUGGUAUCUCAACAUACUCACCAUCCGCGAUCUGGCGCAUCGACUCCUCAGAGAGUAUCAUCUCCCCGACCGUUACUUGGUGUAGGGAAUAGAGGUGGAGUAGGUAGUGUGAUGGGACAUCAUGCUCCCGAAAGAGGAUAUUUCCAACAAGGUGGUCGAUCGUUCAGAGGCGAUAUGUCGCCUGGUUUCGUUGGUGGAACGAGAAGUCCUGGUGGGAACGCUGGCAAGAUGUGUAGGUAUUUCUUGGCUGGAGAAUGCAGGAGAUCAGAUUGUAGAUUUAGCCAUGAUAUCGAUAGAGCAUUGUGCAGAUUUUGGCUACGGGGCCACUGUGCAAAAGGACCGAAUUGCGAGUUCUUACAUCAAUUGCCAAACAAUCUCGAUCCCAAUGCACUGUCGUCCGCAAUGUCCCAUGUCGAAAUAUCUUCCGAUGGAUAUGCUCAACAAUCAUCAUAUACUCCCGCCGACGAGUUCCCCGAUUUGCUAUCAGCUAGAAUAGGCAGGGGAGCUCGAUUCGACCCCUCUCGAAAUCGAUUUGCCAACGCCGUCAAGAGAGCUGCACCAGGUCCUGCUCCGACUUUCCAAGUUUCCGGGAUGCGCCAAUCCCCUUUACUUGCUCAUGGCCAAGUAUCCUCACCGAACAUCUCUCCUUCACUAGUAGUGGCUCUACCCAAACCAUCAUCACGUAUCAAAUUGCGUCCACCAGCUUUAUUACCUACCCUAAAGACCGGAUCGGCAACGAACGAGCAGUACAUGUCCACUCGAUCUACCGCCAUUAGACUAGGUCACGCACGUAAUGCCUGUCUUGCUCGAGCUGCUGAUGCCUUCCGCCGAGGGGAUGGAGCGGCGGCUAAGCGAUUCUCAAGAGAGGGUAAAGCGUUGAAUCAACGUAUGUUGAAUGAGAGUUCGGAGGCUGCUCAGGUUUUGGUGAGAGAAAGGAGGAUGGAAGCUCAGCUGGCCAUCAGAGAACGAGAUCCCUUGUGGUCUGAUGAUCCGUCGGAUAGAUCUGAGAGAGGGAAAGAAUGUGCCGGAGGAUUGGGAGUGAUCAUGGGUACUGCACCGCGAUCUGUGCUUGGGGGAGAACUCCUAAGUUCGGCAGAGAGAGUCGAGGCGCUGUUAGACCUACAUACAUUACAUGGUGGUGAAGGGCAGGAAAUCACUGGACAAUUUUUAGCUGAGCUUGAAAGAGAGAAUUUCAGAGGACUUGCAUACAUAGUAAUUGGCGAGGAGAAACACGUGGGGUCUCAAGAUCCUUUGAGGGGAGCAUCGAAAGUAAGAUUGGGUACUAGUAUAAAGCAAGUUCUGGGAGAAUGGGGUUAUGCGUGGAAUGAGAAUGCAGGGGUGAUCUGUGUGGAUCCUUGUAGGUUUUAG